CUGCACAACAAACAUGAUUCGAAAUUCGAAUGGAUGAAGCAAAAACCGGAAUGGUCUCCCGUCCAAAAUGCUUGUCACAAUCGAUGCACCGUAGCAAAGCAAAGCAAAGCACCUUGUCCACCUCUCGCCACGCGAACGCUCGUCGACCACGGCUGGCGAAACCGCAAAACUACGAUACGGCAUCGGACUCCUGCUUGCUUCCACUUUUGCUGCAUCGAUGAUCGGGAGAAACCGUAACCUACGGGACGGACGAACGGACGAACCAUGAAGGCGGCCCCGUGGCGAAGGGUCGUCGUACCGGCGCGGGCGGCGCCGGGGGCCGGCCGCUGCGGCCUGCGCCGCCACGCUUCGCGCACACCCUGGCACCGGCCGAGUGGGAUCGAUCCGGCGGUGGCCAAGCGGCCCGCAACGGUGGGGUCCGGCCGGUCGUUCUUCUCGUGGUUCCGCGGAGAGAACGUGUUGUUGGCCUCCGGCGAGACCAAGCGGCAGCGGGGUCGCGAGACGGUCGAAUCCCCCGGCCCGAGCGAGUGGGAAGAUUUCUACCGGAGGCCCGUCACCCGGGAGCUCUGGGAGGAAUUCAGGGACGAGCGCAAAACCACACGCAGCUAUCUCUCCUCGGCCACCGGCAGCAAAAGCAGCAGCGACAGCAACAGCAACAGCAGCACAGACUAUCGAGUGCUGGCGGAGGAACUCCAGGCCGGCAUCAACGCGGCGUGGAACGAUGAAGAUCGCUCGCCGCCAGCGGAAUACGGCCCGGGCGGGCGGUGGACGUAUCGGUUCGAAUGGAUCGAGACAGAGAGCGACCCCGAUGCCCACCAGACGCCACGUCUUCGGCGGGUCUACCAGCGGUAUCCGGCCCCGAAACAAAACGACUCUUCUUCUUCUCCCUCGUCCUCGCCGCCGUUUGCUCGGCCGCGGCAGCCCGAGCCGCAGGUAGUCCUCGAGCUUGCCGACCCAACCGACGAAAUUCUUUCCAUGUCCCUCACACCCGACGAAACCUGCGUCGCGUGCCUCGUUGCCGGCGGCGAACGAGCCUCCGGUGACCUCGUGGUCCGGGGCAUCGAUUCCGGAACCGAGGUCGUGGUGCCCUGCGACGAGUGGCUCCAACGCGUGGCGACCCGCACAAAGGGCAAAGAAGAGGCAGAUCCCGCCGGCCCCGCCCCGGCCGAAAUCGUCGGCCUCGAGUGGGGACCGAACCUCCGGAGCGGGGAGGGAUCCUUCUGCCACUCCCUCUAUCUCGUCCUGGCCGACGCCACGGGACGCCCGGACGCCGUGGUGCUCUGUAGGAUCGAUCCGUCGACCCUGGAACCUUCUUCCGGCGAGGCGGAGCCCAUCGUCCCCGUCUAUCGGUCGGACGAUCCCUCGGUCAUGGUAGAUGCCCAGCGGACGAAGGGGUGCUCCUUCGUGGCCAUCAAGGCGGCGUCCAAGAACAGCAGCGAGGUGCUCCUGUCGCCGCCCCCGGUGGCAGCGCUGGCAGCGGGAACAGGAAGCGAAAACCCACCGGAAAUCGAAGACGAACACGAACACGAACACGUACMGUGGGCGAUUCCGGUGCGGCCGAGGCAAGACGGGGUCGUGUACCACAUGGACGCGGGAACCGACGGAGACGUGGUCCUCCUGACGAGCGACGAGCGGGGAAAAGGCGGGGGGAACUAUGUGCUGUCGGAAACCACCCUGGAAUCGCUGCCGCUGGCCGCCGACACCACCCGGCCUUCCCCCGGAAACGGGGGUGGGAAUGCUGCAUCAGCGGCGGCGGCGUCAUCCGGCGGCGGUGGCUUUUUCGUGGAAGACAUGGACCUCUUCCGAACCCACAUCGUCUUGUACGAGCGGUCCCUUGCCGAUGGGGAUCAGCGCAUACGGGUGCUCCGGCGAACCAACCACCUCCGCGGGACCGUUGGUGACCGCCUUUCCGAUGGCACCGAGGUACCCAACCCUUGCGAAACCGUCCUGGAUUUGUCCUUUGCGUCCAAGCAACAGAGGAAAAACAAUAGUGACAGCGGAGGCAAGCCCACCGAAGAAUCUCCAUCGCUCGAGGCACCACUCUGUUGGAGCAAGCUCUCACCGGUUGGCAACAUGUGUUUCGAUGCGAGAUUCUUUCGGUUUGAGCUGGAAUCGCCCGUGGAUCCUGGCGUUGUGUACGAAUACGAUUUCGACACCCAAGAAAUCACAAGGGUUUCUGGUCAAGAAUCGGUCCGCGAUGCUUCCGACCAAACCAAGGAAAACAGCCAGGCUCUGUCCGAUACGCGGGUGGUUUCCUUCCGCAAGGAAAAGGUUAUGGUGGAAAGCCUCGAUGGCACGAAGGUUCCGCUCAGUCUGUUUUUCAAAGAAGGAGGGAACGGGCAACAAGAAGGCAGCGGUGCCGAACACGCCGGAACGGAGCCACAGACCGUCGUCUUGGUGGGCUACGGCGCCUACGGCGAACCGAUGGACCUCGGGUACCACCCCGGUUGGAAGCCCCUCCUGGACCGGGGGGCCGUCCUCGCCUUUGCCCACACCCGCGGGGGGGGCGACCUGGGCCGGGCCUGGUACACGGGGGGCCGGAGGGAUCGGAAGGAAAAGAGCAUCGAGGACUACGAGGCCUGUGCCGUCUACCUCCGGACCCGGUUCGGCCCAUGCUGCUCGCUGGUGGCCAAGGCGGUUUCCGCGGGGGGCGUUCUGGUGGGUGCCGCGGUGAACCGGACCCCCGGCCUCUUCGACAGGGUGGUCCUGACGAACGCCUUUCUCGACGUACUCCGAACGAUGGAGCGGGCCGACCUCUUUCUGACCGAGCACGAGCACGACGAGUUCGGAAACCCGGCUCGCGAUUCCUCGGCCGCGGCGGGGAUCCGGUCCUACUGCCCGGUGUCCAACCUCGAUGGGAGGGCGCAGAUGGAGGACACGGAAACCCGCUUUCUGCUGAUCGGGAGCCUGGACGAUCGAAACGUUCCCUACUGGAACGCUACCCUGUACUUUCGAAAGCUAAUGCUCGGGGGCUCCGUGGAUUGCGGGGACCGCGCCUUCCUCGAGCUCCAGCUGCGGGGGGGGCACAACUUUUCCAGCGAGAACCGGACCGAGGUCCUGGCCCUCGAAACCGCCUUUAUUCUAAAGGAUGAUGGGCCUGCUAGUGUCUUGCCUCCGUCCGGCUAGCUGGAUCGCGUUCCCCGUCUCGAGCAAACCAAAGGAACAAAGAGGCAACUCGAGUGUCAGUAAGCAAUGGUAUACAAGUGCUGUCGAGCUAGUAGAAAAGUACCGUUGAUAGAACCGAUCACAACCACGACUCCAAUCUUGCACAGAUGAGAAGACAUAUUUGAAACACCUUGGUAUUAGUUAUCAAUCUCGCCUAUCUUGAUAAUGGGGCGUCAUAGUGGACGGCGUCGGCGUUGUCAAGUUGGUUUGGUUUGCUGUAUAUUUCCAGCCAACAUGCGGAUAGGAUACUAAUUGUAGUGUAAUCCCUCAGGUAUUAAUAGGACAGGAAUUGGUCUUGAUGUUGGUCCUGCUUCUCUUGUCGUUUGACUUUGUUCUUUUCAUUUGUUUAUGUAGUAAACAAUUUAUAAUGUU